CGUCUUGUUGUUUCUCCACAGAGUUGCUAACUUCACACUUUAAACUAAUCUCAACUCUUCAAUCAGAUCAAAGGACCCGGCUUCAAUAGUGUUUUCACUUCCAUUGUACGUGUGUUCAGUUAUGUGAACUUUACGAAGAUUGAUAUAUCCCAAGAUUAGGAUGUGAGUCUUUUGAAGAUGAAUAACGUGAGAUGAUUCUAUUACCAUUGUUUCGACUUGGAAAAGUAGUUCCUGGUUCGCUACUUAUCAUUGUGGCCAGCCGAGAGAAAGUUGAUGGACAGAUUCUUUGUUGGGUGUGUACAUACAAUUUUAAAUUAGCUCGAUCUAGAGAACGCUCUAUUCAUGGAUUCAACAAACGUCGACAUGAUGGUUAUCAGCUUUCAACUGCAAACCGUUCGAGAUCAAGUCAUAAGUAAGUCGACCACUUUCUUUUUCCCCUCACCAUAUAAGUAAAGUGCUAGAGCUCAGGUCCCUGGUUGAUUUCAAUGGUAUUUUACAAAGCUCUGAACAUCAAAUCAAUAAAUAAUGUCAAUCUCGAGCUCUUAUAGAAACCGGUAAAGAAAUAUGUAGCAGUGAAUUGUCUCUUGAUUCAUUUCCUAUUUUCAUGAAUAAUUCACGGUUGCCUAUGACUGGUUGACUGAAUAGCCCAUUGUAACAGGCAAAUUUCGUUUCAAGGUCAAAAAUUUGAGCCAAGCAAAAUGAAAGAGGCGAUGUUUUUAGAAUUUCAAUGAUCCCCGGUCAUUGAUCUUGUGCUUAGUUAUCUACUUACAUCAAACAAAUACUGUAGGCUUAAAUACUUUCUGACCUAACAACUACUAACAUCAUACCAACUGUAGACACAUCAAUCACUACUAAAGCUCUCUUAAAAAGACUUAUACCGAUGGGUUUGGAACAAAGCAAAUUAACACGCAGAUGCAUGUACAACAGGCUUUAACUACUCAAGCACUAAGCUUAGAUUCUGUGUACAAUGAACACCUACUUACUAUAAGCCAGUUACAAGAUGAGAUCAAAUCACUUCAACGUCAAUUAACACUUAAAGACUCUGACUUGUUAACCAAAGAUCGUACAAUAGCAGAGCUACGCUCUGAAAUGAUUGAAAUAAAAUCAAUGAAUGAAGAUCGUGUCCGAAAAAUAAAAUCAGCUGCACAACUUGAACAAGAUCGGCUGCUAGCUACAAUACGUCAGUUACAAAAAGAGAAGGCAAUUAUUAGUCAUAAUAUUAAACGUCGUAAAAUUAAUAACAAUCUCUCAAGAAUUGCAAACCGGAAUUCUUUGUCUUCGACAACUUUAUUCAAUCCAGAUUCACCGCUUAGUUUGGGCUUAGCAAAACGAGUUUCCAAGCCUCCAGUACUUGAAAACCAAGGUAAAGAACGCGAAGGCGAGGAAACAUUGUCUUACUCAGAUCGAAUAUCAAAAAAUACACUGCACUCAACAAGUCGUUCAAUGAAAAGACAACUCACACCUGACUGUAUUGGUGUACAAAUUUACGAUGAAGACUCUAACUUAGCACCUCAACGUACAGUUACUUCUAGCAUAAAACAAAACGCAGGUUCACCAGGUAUUACUCCAAGUAUAUCAUCCAAAACUCCUACAGAUGAUGAAGAAGCAUCUCAACUGUACCAAUAUGAUCCUCAUGAAAUAUCUGGAAAAAACCCUCUUGGGUUGGAUACGCCAUCGGAGUCUGAAAAUGAAACUCCUGACUGAGACUUUUCGUGACCUAUCAAUAUUUUGACUCUUCACUUGUGUUUCACAUAAAAAACGUAGACAAUUACUGUUUUUUGUAACACACUACAUCUGCAUUUUAUUAAGACGUUUAAUUUUCAAGUGGUCUGUUUUUAUAACGUCAUUGUCACAUUCAUUUUUGCUUGUGUAUGGUGACUUGAUUCAAUCAUUCACGCACUUUCUACGCGGGGAGUAUAACAAUUCUGUUUGUUUUGUUAGUUAGUUUGGGAGGAAGUUAAAUCUAACUUCCCCUAAACAUUGUGUCAUAUACUUGUAUAUUCAAUUAAAUGUAUUAUGUCUUUUCUGUAUCCUACAACCCAUCUAGAAUAAUUGUUUGUAUAUUAUCUAGAAACAAAUCAACUCACAAUAGAUUUAUCAUUUGCAGACUUAAAGCAAUUAGUCCUUUCGAUAGGUUUGAUAAUAUUCAUGUUUCUUUUAUACCAUCCAAAUGUGCAGCUUUGUUUAUUUUACUUUUUAUUGACCUGUCAUGACACUGGUAAUUCACCAAUCAAUAAACAUUGAAAUUGG